CGAUUCUUAAGAUCACAGCAAAGCAGGUUUCACAAAGUCGAACCAGCCCCCAUCCAAUCGAUUUCCUACCCCCUUUGACCAUUCAAUUGCACUCAUCAUCUCUCUCAGUUUGAGAAACUCCUCACUUUAACACUUUUAUAAACCAAAUAAGCACAAUGUCGACCCAAUCGAAAACCAUGGCUCAUGCUAAUGAUGGCGAUCAGAAGAAUGCGUCGCAGGCAGAAACGCAAGAAAGCAGAUAUGAGGCUGGACAAUUGCAUUCACAUCUUGGAAACGAUCCGAAGGACCAACGAUCGAUUGCCAAUCGAUUAGAAUCCGAAUUGAGGAAGAAAGAUGACGACAGCUUCAAUCCGGACCCCAACAUCCCAAACAAAGGCCAAAAGCCAACCGAUUUGGCGAAGGAACAUGGCCAUCAACCUAGUCGAGGCGCAGAGAUUGACGAGGAAAUUAGGCAAGAAGAAGAGGCGGAGUUGCGCAAAAAAGGAAUCAACCCUUAGUAUCUCCAAGUUUCGAGCCCUUCCUCUUCAGAAGGAAAAGCGUAGUUCAUGUUUCCGAUCUGCUUUCUCGCUUCCUUAUAACUGUGUAGAUGUUUGCCUUAUCCGCAAUGGGUCCACAGGUAGCUAGCCAGCAGGCACAGGUCUACUCUGAUUUUCCUCUCAUGAAGGCAUGGAUAGCGUACAAAGGUAUGAAAACAUAAACGUAUCAAAAAUAUUAUUGAGUGAGUUUGGCUCUUGUAAGCAGGAUGUGUAUGGAAAGAAGUGCCAUAAAAACAAAUUAUGUGGGAUCAAG